AUGUUUUAUUGCGCAGGCAGCCAUCCACAAAUAAUUUCUGAAAAGAAUGAUUUAGGCUUGAAAAUAAUCGAACAGUGUCCUCUUCGAUCAAUCGUCAUUAAUGACAACCAUCAGGUGGAAGGUGUUGAAACGCGUUAUGGUCUCAUACGUUGCAAGCAUUUCAUUAAUACUGCAGGCUACAAGCCUUCUAUGCGGCUGCCUGUGCAGGAAUGCCUGUACAGUUAUAUGAUAACGGAACCAUUUGAAGGUGUAUCUAAUUCCGCACCAAUUAUUCACGAUAUGGAUUUGAAUGUGUAUAUUGCGUGCUACCGAAAUAGACUUUUAUGUGGUGGCUUCGAUAGACACGCAUUCAAAGUUGUGUUUCAUAACGACCUGCCAGAUUCACGCAUAAAUUUCCAUCAGUAUUCUGAAGAUUGGGAUACAUUCGCACCCGUCAUGGAAAAGCUGACUAAACGUUUCCCGAAUUUAUUGGAAAGAAAUGUUAAAAAGUUGGUUUCUGGCGUAGAUACUUUCACUCCUGAUGGAUAUCCAAUCGUUUCAAAUUAUUACUGCGCCACUGGAAUGAAUGGCUGUGGUACAGCGUUGGCACCGGGAUUGGGCAGUAUUUUGGCGAGGUGGAUAAUUGAUUGCGAAGCGCCGCCCGCUAUUACUCUGAUGGAUGUUGCACGCUUUAUACCUUUGCAUGCUAACAAGUUUUAUUUGAAAGAACGAGCUCCGGAAGUUGCUGCCCGUAGUCAGAGUUUUCAGUGGUCCACUGCUCGUAAAGUUCGAACAUCUCCCAUUCACCAACAUUUAAAAAGUUUUGGCGGCGUUUUCGGUGAAAUAAUGGGUUACGAAAGAGCACUAUUUUUCGCGAAAGAUAAAGGUUCGCUUCGAUCCGUUGGUGACAGCUAUCCGUUGGGUAAGCCGGUAUGGUUUAAGUACUUGGUGUCAGAGUAUGAGGCAUGUCGAGAACGUGUGGCCAUCAUGGACAUGUCCAGCUAUACCAAGCUUCAGAUAUCGGGUCGAGAAGAUGAUGUUGUAAAAUUUUUGCAAAAAGUUUCUUCUGCACAUAUCGACAUCCCUGUUGGCGUGUCAGUGUACACUGGCAUGCAGCAUGAAGGAGGUGGAUACGUGACGGAUUGUACGUUGAACAGAUUUGGCCGUAAUCAAUACUUUAUGGUGGCGCCGAGUGUUCAACAGACACGAUCUCGUCUUUGGCUAGAAAAACACCUAGAUAGUGGCAGCACUGUGAUUAUACAUGACGUUACGUCUAUGUACAUGACGUUGUGCGUUGUUGGGCCUUCGUCACGAUUGCUGCUUCAAGAACUGACAGACGAGUCUAUGAGUGGUUCCAAUUUCCCGACGUUCGGUUGUAAAGAAAUCAACAUCGGGUUUGCUAGCGGCAUAAAGGCCGUUUGCGUUACUCAUUGUGGUGAACUCGGAUGGACACUGUAUAUUCCAAACGAGUUUGCUCAGUACUGUUUCGAACGACUGCUACAUCAUGGCGAAAGUUAUGGCCUGCAGCUGGCCGGCUACUACGCUCUGAGAACGUUAAGAAUCGAAAAGUUCUAUGUAUACUGGGGAACAGAUAUUGACGCUACUACGUCACCAGCCGAGUGUGGUAGACUUUUUCGCGUAAAUUUCAAAAAGGAUUUCAUCGGCAAGCAGGCACUGCUACAACAGAAGGAACACGGCGUUAAGCGUCUGUACGUACAGUUGCUCCUAAAAGAUCAUAAUUUACACACCGACCCAUGGCCGCAAGGAAGAGAACCUAUUUAUCGUGACGGCAUUUUCUGCGGAUUCACUACAAGUUCUGCUUAUGCGUUCACUCUUGGCUGCCAAGUAUGUUUGGGCUACGUGUUCAAAGCAAGCAAUGUAGAAAUUGCGAAUAGGUUAUUUCCUGCCAGAGUCAGUUUGCAUUCGCCCAAUUUGCCUAUGAUUUCCUCUGAGCAUCCUGACCAUUAUCGACCAACACAGUAG